AUUCUCAAGGUCGCCAGUUGCGGAAUUUUUGGUGUCGAUUUACGCAAAACUAGGCUGCUUAUGUGGUGCAGAAUUUGUUCCUGACCUGCUGUAUACUGAAAAAUAAUGUCGUCAACUCAGAUACGAAACUACGUGGCGGAACUUUCUAAUUUAAAGGAUCAAUUCAACACUCUUUCUAGCCAGUCUAGUGAGAAGCUUAAAAAAAUUAUUCAAACUGUCCAAUCUUAUCAAACACGUAUGGAGCCGCUAAAUAAAAAUAUGGAACAACUUCAGAUUUUACAAAGAAAUUUAGAAGCCUGUCGAUUAAAGUUAAGUCAAGUGCAAGAGUAUCACCGUACCGGUCGUGAGUUGGAAAAUACUAUUAGACAAGGACCGACAGUUUUUACUGACAAAUUUUUAAAGGCUAUGGAACGUAUAAAGGAUGCGUUGGCUUAUUUUCAAGAGAAUAAUCCACAAGAUGUUGAAUUUAGUCGAUUGACAUCAUUGUAUUCAAUUGGUUUAGGAAGCUUGGAACGUGAAUUCGAUGGUUUAUUAAGACAAACUUUCCGUCCUAUAGAUGAUGCUACUUUAAUAAGAUUAAUGGAUCAAAAAGUCUCUGACAAAGAAUCAGGUGAUGGUUCAUUAACUGAAGAUACAGAACAAAUAGAGGAUAUUCCAAAUAAUAUGUUGAAUAGUUUACGUUUUCUUGCUAAAUGGAUGAGUGAAAAUCAAUCAUUUGUAAACAAACCACAAGGUAUAUCUCAAGGAUGUUUGACAAAAUAUUGUGAAUGCCGUCGUGAACUUAUCCGUUUGAAUUUAGUAAGAGUACGUGAAUUAUUAAGAAAAGCUGAAAAUCCAUCAUCAUCAUCAUCUGGCACAGUAUCUAAACCAGGAUUUCUGCCGCCCAACGUACGUGGUCGCACUAAACGCCUCCCUGGAUUCGUUUGGGAUAUAAAUGCUGUUCGACUGAUUAAUGAAGCAGAAACCGAUGAACUUGAUUCUGAACACUAUGCUAUCGCUCUAGGUGUUCUUGUCAAAUUAAUGCAAAAUGAAUGUAUUUUGUUGGAUCGUUUACAGUUGACUGCUAGUCCACAAGAUUCUCAAGUGUUAUUGUUCAAUAUAUUUAAAAACGGGUCAUCUGAUAUCCUAACUGAAGGAACAACACUAACUCGUUUAAUGCAUCGAGCUCAAGGACGGGCAGAAUUUCAUAUGGUUAUGUCAUUAUUAGUAGUACUUAAAAAGUUUUUCCAAAUUUCUGAUGAUCUUGUUUCUGUACUUCAGGGUGUUGAUAAUGUAUUAAUUGAUUUUAAUCAAUUAGUUCUUCGUUUAUUAAGUCAAAGUAAAAUAACCCUAGAAACUUAUGUACAAUUUCUACAACAAGUUACAGAAAAAUCUAGUUCAAAUAGUAAUAUUGUACCCGAAGAUGGAACAAUACAUGAACUUACAACUAAUGCAUUGAUGUAUUUAGAAAACUUGUUAGAAUUCGCUGAUAUUAUUGGUACUACUUUGUCAUUUACUGAAGCUGGUCCACAAGCUACCACUAACACACUUAAAUAUCUUACCACUAUUGGUCAAAAUCAUGCCUUUUUGGAAAAUAAAUUUGGGAAUUACUUAUUUAAUGCUAUAUUCGCUCUUAUGACAAAUUUGGAACGUAAAUCAGAAGUUUAUUCUGAAGAGAUACGUCGAAUGAUUUUCCAAAUGAAUAAUAUUCAGUACAUAUUGAAAAGUAUUUAUAAGACAAAUAUUCACCGUUAUCUUUUAUCACAAGAUCGUGAAGCUGUUGCCAAAAUUACUAGUAUAUUGGAUGAACGUAAACUUUUUUAUACACGAUGUUGUGCUGAUAUACUACACUUACGACCAUUUCCUGAAAGUUGUGGAUCAAGUAGUAUUCGUCGACGUAGAGCAUCUCAAUUUGGAUCUGUAUUACUAGCUUCUGUAUUAUCACCAAAUCUAAACACUAAUCAUCAUAAACAUUCAAUCACUAACAAUGAGCAAUCUCAAGAUACUGUGGAUGAACAUCUAACCAAGGUGUCUUUUUUUGUGCUAAAUAUCGUACUAUCUCAUCGAUUUAGAGUUGACUUCUUACUAGUCUGUAAAAUCUCUCUUAUUUUCAUAUAUUGUGUUUAUGCAUGCAAUAGCCUUGUUUAUCAUGAUUUGAUAAUGAAGAAUUAUUGAAUAAUAAUGAUUGUGUGAUUGUUUUCAUUUAUCAAUUUUCUUGUUAGUAGUAAUCAUAACUCUUAUCUUAACUCUUUGCAUUCCUACUAAUGGUCAUUAUAGCGGCAAACAUAAAUUGGUGCUUUAUACUGGCAUGUUAAUAACAUAGUACUAUACUAUAACCUUAAUUAUUUUGUCUCUAAAUUAUUUUACCUAGAGAAUCUUUUUUUUUCUUUUCAUGUUAUGUUGAAUAAUCUAGAAAAUUGUGAAUAAUUUUUUAACUGUUUUCAAAAUUCUUUUAUUCUUUGAAUUUGUUUCGUUUUCUGUUUCUAUGUAUGAAAUUAAUCUAAUUCUUUGUAGGUGUGCACGCAUGCUUUCAUUACCAGAUGGUAAUAUUUUAAAUCGUAUUACUGGUUUAAUUAAUCGUUCUUCUAUAGAUCAAAAGGAGAGAUCUUUUUUAAAAUCUCUUUGGAAUGAUUUUAAUAAUGGACUGAAUACUUUAACUAAACAACAUCAUCUUAUUUCAAUACCUGAUCGAGAAUUGAAAAAUAGUUUAGAGCAUCAAUUAGUACGGGAUCUAGUCGCUUUAUAUCGUGGUUUCUGGGAAAAAUCAAUGUCUAUCGCAUUCACAACAAAUCGUGAUAAAUAUAUUAAAUUGUCCGUUGAAGAAUUUGAAAUUCGAAUACGACAUUUGUUUAGUGGAACAUCAACUAACAGUACACGUCAAUAAAAAAAAAUACUUCCUCUUUUUAAAAUAAACGAAAUAGUGAUCUUCAAUCCGUUAUUAUCGUUGAUUUUGUUACUUUAGUUGUUUCUUUAUUUGAAAGAGAAAAAACUUAAUUCCUUCGCAAUGUUUUCUCCACAAAAUAUAAAACUGAAUUCUCUGUUUUUAUUUUUCUCUUUCUUUCUUUGUUUUGUAAUAAAUAGUUUGAAAACUUACAUUGAUACCGUACAAUAAAUAAAUGCUUAAUCAAAUACAU